GGUAGAAAUGUUAUUCUAGAGCAAAGCUGGGGAAGUCCUAAGAUUACAAAAGAUGGAGUUACAGUUGCUAAAGGCAUUGAUUUACAAGAUAAAUAUCAGAACAUUGGUGCAAAACUAGUUCAAGAUGUAGCAAACAAUACAAAUGAAGAAGCAGGAGAUGGGACCACAUCCGCAACUGUCCUUGCACGUGCUAUUGCCAAAGAAGGCUUUGACAAGAUAAGCAAAGGCGCUAAUCCAAUUGAAAUUAGGAAAGGUGUUAUGAUGGCUGUAGAUGCAGUUGUUGAUGAAUUGAAAAAAAUGUCCAAACAAGUGACAACACCUGAGGAAAUUGCACAGGUUGCAACAAUCUCAGCAAAUGGAGACAAAUCAAUUGGUAAUCUAAUCUCUGAUGCUAUGAAGAAAGUUGGCCGAGAUGGUGUCAUCACAGUUAAGGAUGGGAAAACAUUGAAAGAUGAGCUAGAGACUAUUGAAGGGAUGAAGUUUGACAGAGGAUAUAUUUCACCAUAUUUUAUCAAUUCCUCAAAGGGAGCCAAAUGUGAGUUUCAGGAUGCCCUUAUUCUUCUCAGUGAGAAAAAGAUCUCCAGUAUUCAGUCAAUUAUACCAGCUCUAGAACUUGCCAACCAGGCCCGUAAACCACUUGUCAUUAUUGCUGAAGAUGUGGACGGUGAAGCUUUAAGCACACUUGUGCUGAAUAGAUUGAAGGUUGGACUUCAAGUUGUUGCAGUUAAGGCCCCUGGAUUUGGUGACAAUCGUAAGAAUACUCUACGUGACAUGGCAGUUGCUAGUGGAGGUGUGGUGUUUGGGGAUGAGGCAGAUAUGUAUAAGUUGGAGGAUAUUCAGAUGCAAGACUUUGGUGGUAUUGGUGAAGUUACUAUCACUAAAGAUGAUACUUUGAUGAUGAAGGGUAAGGGAGAUUCAGCUGAUAUUGAGAAAAGAAUAAAUCAGAUCAGGGAAGAUAUUGAACUAUCUACAUCUGAAUACGAGAAGGAAAAAAUGAAUGAAAGACUUGCAAAAUUAUCCAAUGGUAUUGCAGUGUUGAAGAUUGGAGGUACAAGUGAAGUUGAAGUAAAUGAGAAGAAGGAUCGUGUUAAUGAUGCUCUCAAUGCUACUAAAGCAGCUGUAGAGGAAGGUAUUGUACCAGGUGGAGGAUGUGCUCUCCUUAGAUGUUUACCUGCUCUAGAUAAUGUACAAGCUACAAAUGAAGAUCAAAAAACAGGUAAAAUUAUUGUCUUCAAAACUGUUGAUGUUUAAAUGGAGUAGAACUAG